AUGACGGUGUUCCACUUCCUCAACUGCGCGGUCCUCACCUUCGGCCCCCACGUCGUCUACUACUCCGCCACCCCCCUGUCAGAGUAUGACACGAUUGGCACUAGUGUAAAAGCAGCUGUUGUUUAUCUGGGAGCAGCACUUGUAAAGCUUGUUUGCUUAGCAACAUUCCUCAAAGUGCCUGAUGCGAAUGAUAGCUUUGAUCCCUACCAGGAAUUAAUGAAAAUUCUAAUUGGGUUUAUAGAUGUUGCUGGCCUUUAUUUUGCUUUGACACAGUUGACCCACAGAAACAUCUCCCAGAACCAUAAGUUCCAGGCUGUUGGUCUUGGCUGGGCUUUUGCUGAUUCAGUUCUGCACCGGCUGGCACCUCUCUGGAUUGGGGCACGAGGGCUUGAAUUUACUUGGGAGUACAUAUUCCAAGGGCUCGAAGCAAAUGCCAAUCUUGUGAUGACCCUCUCCCUUGCCGCAUUAGGAUCCUUGAUGUGGCUGAGGAAGAACAAACCUAGGACUUUAAUUCCAAUAAUUUAUGCAUGUGCUCUGCUUCUGGCAACAAUGCCAUCUAUCACCAGUUACUUACGGAGAUCAUUGGAGUGGCAGACUCCCAAGGUGGUCGGCUUCGAGCUCUUCUCCUCGCUGGUUAUGGCUUUCAUCAGCUGGCAGCUGUUCUCGGCUUGCCAGAGGCCAAUGUAA